AUGUACGACCUACUGGACGGCUUGAAAUACACAGAGCACCAGUGGUACAGCCUUGUGUUCAAAAUUCUUUAUCUUUGCGGUUUACAUACAGUCACCCCGAUGAUGCAGCGGAAAGGUCAACCUAUUAUGAUCCUUACGUGUCAGCAUGACUCGCAUUACUUUGAGGAGAGGACCAUCGUGGUCAAUGAUAUUAUCAAAGUUGGUCGUGCUGUUGCCCGUUCAAAGGCAUCACCGAACAAUGCUAUUUUUGAUUGCAAAGUGCUUUCUCGAAAUCAUGCUGUUAUUUGGUUCAGUUCUGAUGAGUUUUGGCUACGGGACACCAACAGUAGCAACGGCACCUUCGUGAACAAUACUCGGGUCUCAAAACGUGAUGAUAGCGAUUAUUGCGACCGGCAGAUAUUUUCUGGCGAUGUGAUUCGCUUUGGCGUAGAUGUGGUUGAGCAUGAUACAACGCAUGGCUGUAUUAUCGCUAGUGUUACUCUUAUUCUCCCGAACGGUCAAGAGGCAAAGCCGAAGCUUGGUCACACCGGCGAUGCUCUCCCCAGUGGUCUCAUAUCAAUAAACAAUGAACAGAUGUUUCAGAUCUCCUGCUUCCUCAAUGAUGCGAUGUUCCGUGAGCAAGCCCUUGAUAAAAAGCUAGAAGCACUGCGUCAGGCUCUUCAACAAGCCACCCUCGCUUCAGAGUUGGGCUGGCAGGCUAUGCUCAAUGAGGAGAAGCUGCUACAAAAAUUUAACCUCUAUGAAAGCCAAAUGAGGAUGUUUAAAGAGGAACUUCCCGAAAAUUCCCUCAAAAUGAGACUGAGUGACCUGCUAGAGGAGAAGAAUCUUCAAGAGGCAGAAAGCAAGACUCAACUAACUAAAAUUAUUAACGAUAAAGAGAUCGCUUUACAGCGUAUUAAAGAUCUUGAGCGAACAGUCGAGGAUCUAGAGCGCGAGUGCACGCAUCUGCGUAACGAAUAUGCCUCUGCUCAGGACGCCUGCAGUAAUAUUUCCGAUGAAUACAAGACAAACUUGUCCACAGUUUCGCAGCGUCUCAACGAGCUCACUACAGAGCGCAAUCAGUUGAACGACCAACUUCAACACGCUUCUCGGGAAAACACUGCCUUGAAGGAACAAUUAGAACGCGUGUCUCACGAAUUGGCUGUGACCAAAGAACUGUACGAGCAGGUUCAAUCAAAAGGCCCUUCUGGGCUCGUCAAUGGCCUAUCAUACGUGGAUGACGCUGAUAAAGAAUCAAAUGCGUCAGUGAACUCAAAAGGCGCAAAGGCUGUGGUUGACUCACUCAAGGCCAAUGAUAACGCCAUUCCACGAAACCAACCGGUUGAACAAGUCACUGGCGACGAACUAAUGGUGGAAUCGGGCAAACUGGAAGCCAAUGAAUAUAUUUCUGAUAGUAUUCGUGAUUUUCACCGAGCCUUAGAGCUAAUACGUGUUCUCGAUGGUGUCGAAAUUUGCGAUCAUUCACCAGAAGUUAUUGAUGGAGUUGAGAGCGGUAGGUGUUACAGUGGCUGCUUGCGGAUCCGCGUCGUGUGCCAGCUUGGGCGCUACGAAUUCAAUAUUCGCUGUGAAUUAUUCGAGGAUCGGCUCCCAGUUGGUGCUGAACUAAACGGUUUAGCUUGGUUUCCCAAGGUCUCAGCCCUUGCGGUAACAACUGACCUGGACAAAGAGAAGAAACUCGAGGGGAGUUCUGAGGCGGUUAUCGAUGACGCUAGCACAGACUUCGUUAGCGAUGUUUCAAGUCUUUCAUCAUCCUCGAUCGAAUCUUUGGUCAAGCGCAUCGUAAGACACAACGAGGCCGCUAUGACCAGUCUCCACGCCUACUUGCGACAAGUGAAUCCCUCAGCUGCCGCUGAACUCAUCAAUAAGAUUUGUCUCAGCAGCUCUGGUGUUGAUGAUGGUUCCGAAGCUCUCCUGGCUAGCGUUGAGGGUAAGACAUUCAAACGACCCAGUUUCCUGACACUGAGCAACCUCGUUGACAAGGCUGUCGAAGCGGCGCCAUCAUCUGCCUGCGACGAGGGUGUCACGGUCGCUGGUGCCGAUUCUCUCAGCGCUUCUCCAACCGUCUCCAGUGGCAACGGCUCUCUAUCCUUUUCAAUGUCGCCUGAUACUGAGGAAGUCCUGCAUUUACGCGAGUGCGUGCGUUUGGCAAAUGCAGAAAUCGAACAAUACAAGGCGCACAUAGCUGAUUUACAGAAAGCUGGAUGGGUUGAGACGGCGUCGGCAACAGUGAGUGGAGCAGAUGACUCCAAGAGAGCGACGUCAGAACAGGACCUAGAGGAGAUGCAUGCGGAGUGUUGCGUUCUGCGCGCGCGCUUGGGCGACAUAGAGGAGCAGAUGGAGCAGACCCGAGAGAACCACCGCAGACUAGUGGAGGAGGCGCGCCAGCACCGUAACGAGGUGGAACAGCUGCACUCUCAGCGGGCCGAGCUCGAGGCAGCGCUGGUCGAGUCGCAAGCGCAAAUCACCAAACUACGCCAGCAGGCACGCGAUCACCAACACCCACGUGUCUCCACCGCUCCCUCUUCCAACAACCACCUAUCAUCCACCACUUCCUACGUGGCAGAUACGCCUGUCCAUACCGACCGACUCGAGCUGGUCCCUGGACGUCUGGUAACGGUAAAAACUCUCACCAAGGCUACAAAUUGGCCCUAUCAAGAGUAUCAAGAAGUUAGGUGGAAUGUUACCUGUUCAAAACCAUCUCAGAACUGA